AUGGCCUCAUCAACAUCGCCACCACACCCGGCUUCUGAAGCCAUUCCACCCACCAAUACCACCACCACCAUUGCAACCACAACAACGACCAAACCCUGCGCCAAAUGCCGCUCCCAGCCCGGAACUCUCGAUUCCCGCGGUCAACUCGUUUGCCCGUCCUGCUUCCAAAAAUUUAUUUCCCAGAAAUGCAUCAAGCAAAUCGGUCUUCUAAACAAAGACGUCCGCUCCUCUUCCUCGCAGUCUCUCUCCGCCUACCACUCCACGCAGAAAAACUCGGGUCCUCCUCAGUCUUCUUCGCGCCGCUAUUUUUUGGGAUUAUCGCUGGGUCCCAGCUCGGCGGCGUUACUGGAGCUGUUAAAUGAGAAUGUGGAGUAUCAGGUUUCCAGAAAAAAGAAUCCGCCGUUUGAACUGAGUGUGGUGCAUCGGGAGAGGGAGAGGGAAAAGGUGGAGGAGUGCGUAAAGAGGUUGGCGGGAAGGUAUCCGAGGUUUGAGUUUCGGGUGGUUUAUUUGGAGGAGGUGGUUGGGCUGGGGAGUGUAGAUUGGGAGGGGUUGGGGUUGGGGGAUUUUGCGACUGCCUCCUCUUCGACAACCGAGAACGAUGCGACAACGACAACAUCAACAACAGCUUCGAAGCUAAGAAGGUUAUUCGACAACCUCCCCUCCACCACUUCCCGCACCGACCUCCUCCGCCUGUUCACGCGACACUUACUCAUCGCCGAAGCGUGCAAACCCCCGAACAAAUGCCACGCUUUGCUUCUAGGAAGCAGCACCACCGCCUUGGCGGAACUAACACUCUCCGAGACGGCAAAGGGCAGAGGCUUUUCGUUGCCGUGGCAGAUCAAUGAUGGGGUGUUGGGCGUUCCUUCUUUUUCUUCCAGCCCCACCUCUUCCUCAGCCCGUCCCGCCAACUCUUCCCCCACCUCUUCUCACACCAACAAACCGAAGGCAAAGACAUCGGAAGACCAAGGAAUCCUAAUCUACCAUCCCCUCCGCGACGCCCUCCGCAAAGAGUUGGUCACGUUCACCAAACUUGCCGGCGAGCCGACGCCCAUUGCUGAGUUACUUCCUGAAACCGACCUGACGACAACGGCGGCGGUGGUUUCGCACAAGGAUUUGAGCAUUGAGGAGGUCAUGGUUCGGUAUUUUGCGGAUGUGGAGGAGAAUUAUCCGAGCAUUGUGGCGAAUGUGGCGAGGACGACGGGGAAGUUGAUGAGGUUGUUUGGUGGUGGUGGUGCUGAUGGGGUGGAGGGAGUUGGUGGGGAUGCAAGCGAGGAUGAUGAGGAGAGGUUGUGCGGUCUGUGUAGCAUGCCGCUUGAUGAGUUUGGUGAUGAGCGGUGGAAGGGAGAGCUGGGAGAGGAUAGUUAUCGGGAUGCUGCUGUGACGGUGGAGGAUGAGGGAGAGAAGAAGAUGACGAAGACGACGAAGCAGAGGAUAUGUUAUGGAUGUGAGAGGUCGAUUCGGGUGUGA